AUGAAUUUAACUUCACAUAUCAAGUCCCACACAAAUACUGAGGAUUCUCAACAACAUAAAAUUCGAGUUAUUGCCUUUGACUAUGGUAAAGUAAGUGGUGUAUUAUUCCAUGAUGGAAAACAGCGAGCAGUAGAUAAACUGAAAAAAGAACAUGGAUAUGAUGGGGAUAUUAUUUGGAAACUUAUGACUAGUCCUGAAUCAUGGGAUCUAAGACGAGGCAACAUUUGUAGUAAUGAUUUUUGGAAAUGGGCACAAGAACAAUUACCAAAAGGUUAUGAUUCACAGCUUAUAUGUGAUACAUGGUGCAAUGAAUAUAUAAUGGAUAAAGAUAUAUUAGAUUUACUUCGACGACUUAAAGGACAUAAUUAUCGUAUUAUAUCUUAUACAGAUGGUAUUCCUGAACGAGUAGAAUAUCUUGAAAAUAAAUAUCAUUUUCGACAUUAUUUCGAUGCAGAAGUACAGAGUUCUGAUUGGCAAGCUGUUAAAACAGAUGAAGCAUUUGCUCAAGCUCUUCUAAAAACAGCAGAAUGUGAGACAGAUCCCGAUGCAUUAUUACUGAUUGAUGAUCAAGAAGAUGAAGUUCAACAUGUAAAAAAACUUGGUGCUAAUGUCAUACUUUACAAAACAGGGUUUCUUAACGAACUAGUUAAUGCUCUACGAAAUAUUGGAAUUCAAUGCUAG